AUGACACCACAUGACCAACAGCUUUCGAGUAUAAAAAUAAUCACCGAAAUCGGUUUUCUCAGUAAAAGGUUUGAGUGCCUUGCCGAUGACUACUACUACACUCCAUAUAACGUCACUCGGUCUACCUUAUCGGGUAUCGCCGCCUAUCGCUCCUCAUUAACCCUAGACUGGUUGGCCGCUGAGGAUUCACGUCAACGGGAGCUAGCGGCUGCUUUUGAGAGGGAAGCUUCUCCAGUUAAAAUCGUCAGUAUGGACUGCAUGGCGUAUCCCAGACCGGCGCCGGGAAAGAUUGGGCGGUUGAUGUUGGAAAUGCUUAAGAAUUUGGAAGGUGACGAAGGUACCCUUAUACCCGAAUUGAUCAAUGCCCUAAUACGUUCAAAAUUAUUGGUCGAUACGUCGCAUCUGGAAUCGGAACCAGAUUUCGAUUCGUUGGUGGAGACACCGGGUGUGAUGAUGGGAGAACCACAUGCUACGUUUCCAAGAAUCCUUGCAGUUAUUUGGAUGCUUAUUACUGAUGCUUCAACUACAAGGAAAUUUGGAUGGUGUCCGGUUAAAAAGGUGAAUCAAUAUAUACUGCUAUCAAAGUCAUCUGACAUAGCGAGACAGAUGCGUACGUUAGAGGCUGUGUUAGCUCGCGCUCGCUUCGUUAUGGAAGAGUUCAUACAGAAUGUAACACCUAUUAAUAUUUAUCAGAAGAAAACAACUAAGAAAGCACAACAGUCACAUCAGAAGUUGUCCACUACUCACGAUCAGAAACAUGCCAUGAAACCGCGAGCUCACGAGGAGGCACUCUUGCCGCACCAAGCUAUUUCGCAGUCGGCGUCACCGGAAAUUACUGAUCCUAGUCUAGAUAUAGUCGAUGGAAAAUAUAUAACUGUAGCUAAUUUCUCCACCAGACUACAUGUGAAGUUAAUCUUUUUUAUAUUUGUAUUUAUUUUGUAAUAAACCUAGUGCUCUUGUGUC